AUGGAUUCAAAAUGGUUAUGGGUGUGCAUAGUAUUGAUGUUGGUGUCAUUAGAAGGGUGGUGCAGUGAGGGUUGUUGGGAGCAAGAGAGAUUUGCUCUCUUGAAACUUAAACACUUGCUUUCUUCUGAGUUCAACAAUCUGGAGAACUGGGUGGAGAAUUCUGAGUGCUGUGAAUGGGAAAGGGUUGAGUGCAAUAAUAAAACAGGCAGAGUGAUUAAACUUGAUCUUGGUGGUUUACGACGUUUGGAAUAUCUAAACCUUUCUCUGUUCUCUCCCUUCCAACAGCUAGAGUCUCUUGACUUAAGUUCGAAUAAUAGAAUAGCCGGAGUUGCUACAAGCGAAGGUUUUGAAAGGCGAUCGGGGUUGAGUAACUUAACGUCUCUCAGUUUAGGCUACAACUUCUUCAAUAAUAGCCAACUACAAGGAUCUGUCAACUUUCAAGAUUUCAAUAACUUGGAGUUUCUGGAUUUAAGUGGUAACUUCCUCAAUAAUAGCGUCUUAUCAUCAGUUGCUAAGCUGCCAUCAUUAAAAACUCUUAAAUUAGGAAGAAAUAUACUGAAAGGAGCCAUUGAUCUUCAAGGAUUAAAUUAUUUGACCAAGUUGGAGGUGUUGGACAUGUCCGGAAAUGAGAUUGACAAAUUCGUGUUGUCCAAUGAUUUCAACAACUUAAAGGUUUUGGAUUUAAGUGAAAACAUCCUCGAUAAGAGCAUCUUAUCAUCUCUUGCUAACCUCUCAUCAUUAAAAGCUCUCUACCUAUCUGGUAAUAAACUGAAAGGAGUAGUUGAUCUUCGAGAAUCAGAUUCUUUCAGCAACUUACAAAUGUUGGACAUCUCUGGAAAUAUAAUUGACAACUUUGAGGUUCCAAAAGAUCAUACAGGCUCCAGAAAGCUGGUAGCCCUUUAUUUAGGGGGUAUCACUAGUAAUAAUGGAAGUGCUCUAUUAGAAUCACUAGGCUCAUUUCCACUCCUGAACACAAUUGAUCUUAAAUAUAGCAUUUUAUAUGGAUCAUUGACUACUACUCAAGAGUUGCAGAAUUCGACCAGCGUGAAAUUCUUACUUAUGGAUGGUUCUACUUUCCAUAUAAGCCUUCUACAAAGCAUUGCAUCUUUUAGUUCGCUUGAAACUUUGUCAAUGGCAUUUUGUAAGUUCAAUGGUGUUUUGAAUGUUAAAGGUUUUAUUAAUUUUAGGAGCUUGACAGACCUGUACAUGGAUGGAGCUACUAUAGACAGGAACUUUCUUGGAGUCGUUAGAUCCACGUAUUUGGAAUUUUUAUAUAUGUCUCAUUCUGGGCUCAAUGGCACUUUCCCUAAUCAAGGGCUUUGUGAAAGUGUGCAACUGCAGGAGGUGUAUAUCCAUGAUAAUGAGCUACAAGGUGUUUUGCCACAGUGCUUUGCAAAUUUGACUUCCCUUCAUAUACUAGAUGUCUCUUCUAAUCAAUUUAGCGGAAACAUCCACUCAUCUCCCCUCAAAGGACUCACCUCCCUGCAAGAACUUAGACUUUCAAACAAUCAGUUUGAGAUCCCAAUUUCAAUUGAACCAUUUUUCAACCUCUCAAAACUGAAGAUAUUUUAUGGUGGACAUAACCAUAUAUAUGCAGAACCUGAAUCACAUUCGUUGGCUCCAAAAUUCCAGUUAAGUUCUAUCAUAUUGCUUGGUUAUGGAGAUGUUGGCACAUUUCCCAAAUUCCUUUACCAUCAACAUGACUUGCAUAAGGUUGAUCUCUCUCACUUAAACUUGACAGGAGGAUUUCCAAAUUGGUUGCUAGAGAAUAACACAAAAUUAGAAGUACUUCGUCUGGUCAAUAAUUCUCUUUCAGGGCCUUUUUUAUUGCCUUUUUAUACUCAUAUGCAUUUAAUAACCUUAGACAUUUCAAUCAAUUCCUUCCAUAGCCAUAUUCCAGUAGAACUUGCCACAUAUGUUCCAUUAAUGGUAUCUUUAAACUUUUCAAAAAAUGUAUUCAAUGGAAGAAUUCCCUCUUGUUUUGGUGACAUGAAGGCAUUGGAGAUUUUGGACUUAUCCAACAACAACUUGUCAGGUGAGAUACCUGAACACUUGGCCACAGGUUGCCAGUCAUUAAAAGUCCUUGCAUUAUCAAACAACAAUUUGGAAGGCCAUAUAUUCUCGAAGAGCUUUAACUUGCCACUUCUAUUUGGUUUGCAAUUGGAAGGAAAUAACUUCACUGGGCAAAUCCCAGAAAGCUUGUCCAAUUCUUCUAUGUUAGAGGCGCUAUAUUUAAGUGAUAAUCAUCUCUUUGGUAGGAUCCCAAGAUGGUUGGGAAAUAUGUCACUUUUGAUAGAUAUUACAAUGGCUAAGAAUCAAUUUGAAGGUACAAUUCCCACUGAGUUUUGCCAACUUGAAAAUCUUGAAGUCUUGGACCUUUCAGAGAAUAAUAUCUCUGGGGAAUUGCCAUCUUGUUUCACGUCAAUUAAACAAGUUCACUUAUCUAGAAAUAGGUUGCAAGGACUAUUAAGCAAUGCAUUUUAUAAUAGCACUUCCUUAGUGACGUUAGAUCUUAGCUAUAAUGGCUUAGAAGGUGUCAUUCCAAAUUGUGUUGGCAGCCUUUCUCAUUUAAGAUAUCUUAUCUUGAAUAACAAUAAUCUGGAUGGUGGACUUCCGAUUCAAUUGUGCCAGUUGAAUCGAUUACAUUUGAUUAAUCUUUCUCAUAACAAGCUAUCCGGUCAUAUUCCAUUUUGCUUGGACAAGACUGCACUUCAUGAAGGAGAUUAUGAUGAUUUAUCUUAUGGUUUUGAAGAUUCCCCAACGAUGGUAAAUAAUGGGUCAAGUUCUCCACCAAGAGAAAUAGUAGAGUUCACAACGAAGUAUAUGCCUUACUCAUAUCAAGGGAGAAUACUUAGCUAUAUGUCUGGAAUUGAUCUUUCUUGCAACAACUUAACAGGCAAUAUUCCUCAUCAGAUCGGAAACCUCACUGGAAUACUUACACUAAAUUUUUCUCAUAACAAUUUAAGUGGUUCAAUACCAGAUACAUUUUCAAACCUUAAGAAAAUUGAGAGUUUGGAUCUUUCUUACAAUAACUUGAAUGGAAAAAUCCCUCCUAAACUAGUGGAGAUCUAUACUUUAUCUGUUUUCAGUGUGGCUCACAAUAAUUUGUCUGGUAAGACUCCUAAGAGUAUUGCACAAUUUGCAACUUUUGGGGCAACGAGCUAUGAGGGAAAUUAUCUACUUUGUGGAUUUCCAUUACCUAAAACUUGUGAGACAAUUGGAUUACCAACAUUAAAGUCGACACCUUCUUCAAUUGAGACAAGAAAAGAUAGCAGCUUCAUUGACAUGGAUAUAUUCUAUAUUAGUUUUACAGUGUCUUAUGUAAUUGUGCUCAUAGGGGUUUUUGUUGUUUUGUAUAUUAAUCCCUAUUGGUGUCAAACAUGGUUUUAUCUUGUUGAGACAUGGAUGAUCUCAUGCUACUACUUUGUUGUAGACAAUUUGUCUCCAUAA